UUUUUUUUCUUAAAAAAGGCACGGUUUGAAAAAUUUUGUAUGUUAUUAAUUUUAAACAUUGAUGCGAUAUGUGCAGCCGAUGUUGGUUAACAUCGCGACCUUCUCAUUUCGACUUACAUCACUAUUUUCCGCUACACAAAUAAACAAACAAAAAAAUGUCUAAAAAGCAAGCCUGGGAACACAUGCGACAGAUAUUCUCUCAUGCCGUGAGCGCUGUACACCCCGAGAAGAUCUUUGCUGAGUCGCCAUCCUUCGACUUUCGUCCAGAAGUUGCUAAAGAAAGCGUUUUUAUUAAAUUGGAUAACAGGUACUAUGAUUUAGCGAAUAAAAGAUGCCACAUAGUCGGCUUCGGGAAGGCGGUGCUGGGCAUGGCUACAAAGGUGCAUCGGGACCUGGGAAAGUACUCGGCAGGCGGCGUUCUGAGCGUGCCGAUAAGCGGACUGAAGCAAAUCAAGGACUCCAGCUGCGUCAUUGGUCAAAAUCGUCUGGUGAUACACGAAGGGGCUAUGAAUAAUCUGCCGGAUGAGGCGUCUCUGAAUGCUGCGAAUGCCAUCAAGAAGUUGGCCAAGAGCAUGAAAUCCAAUGAUGUGCUUAUUGUAUUUAUUUCGGGCGGUGGCUCAGCGCUGCUGCCACUGCCCAAGAAGCCCCUCGUUCUGUCCGACAAGCGCCAGAUAACGAACAAGCUGAUGAAGGCCGGUGCCACCAUCCAGGAGAUAAACACUGUGCGCAUUGCCUGUUCGGACAUCAAGGGUGGCCGUUUGGCAGGAGCAGCUCGCAACGCCGACUUGCUGGUCACAAUUGUGCUGAGCGAUGUAAUCGGCGAUCCUUUGGAUUUGAUUGCCAGCGGGCCAACUAUUCCUCCGAAGGAAGGCGAAGCGUCAGCAACCGAUGUGCUGUGCAAAUAUAAUCUCUGGAAUGAUCUUACGCCCAAAAUCCAAAAGGCUAUUAAGACGCCACCACCUGAAGAUGAACUCCGACCGCCUGAGAACAAUCACGUCUUCAUUGUGGGCAGCAAUGUCAAGGCGGCCGCUGCGGCUGCUGAUCAGGCCAAGGAGCUCGGCUACAUUCCCUGCAUACUCAGCUGCACCGUGCAGGGCCCUGUCAGCAAUGUGGCAGCCGAUUAUGAGCGUCUGCUGCUGAGCAUUGAAGGCUUUAAGAAUAAGACGCUGGCAGAGAAAGAUCUGCAGGAUCGCUUUGCGUAUCCAGAGGAAAAUUUCGCAGCUUUCUUGAAGGUCCUGGAGCAGCAUGUGAAGUCGAAGGCGCCGCUCUUUCUCAUAGCUGGUGGAGAGCCAGUCAUAACGGUCUCUGGCCAAGGACUAGGCGGUCGCAGUCAGCAUUUAGCCUUGCUCAUGUCCGAGUUGCUGCAUAAACAGCCGGCGCUGGGCGAGUGCUGCUUCUUCAGCGCUGGCACGGACGGCAUCGAUGGCCCUACCGAUGCCGCCGGCGCUAUUGGCGACAAGGCCGUCAUUCAAACCUAUUUGGAGAGCAAUACUUUGGAUGAGCUGCGCCAGGUUGUGCAGAAUUGUGAUAGCUACAAUUUCUACAAGAAAUUAUGCAACGGAGAAUUCCACAUCCUCACCGGCCACACGGGCACCAAUGUGAUGGACUUGCAUUUCAUGGUCGUGCCGUUCCACUAGAAACAAACAGACAUGUGAUUCCUAAAUGAGCUUUUACAUAAAAUGGCAAUUGAACCGAGCACCGACGGCAAUUUGUUUAGCAGUGAAUUGUUUAAUAACGGUAUGACAGCUUUUACGAUUUUCCCUCUUAAUUUUCAUGAAUUUUUACGACUUUUUCAUUAACAUUUUAAUACGAGUGGAAAUAUUUUUUGCUCUUUAUGUUUAUUUUAACUACAACUACAACUGCAAACUGGUGCUCGUGCACAACAUAAAAUGGCAAUUAGUUUUUCUAUCCAUUUAUGACAAUUUAACGAGUGCGAAGCACAUUAAACAAAUUUGUUACGAAAUAGCCGCAGAGUUGUGAACAAAAAAUUGCUAAUUCUGUAGAAAAUCUUUAUUAGUUUUUGUAAAGCAUAAAUGUAUAGUUAUUGUGUAUGUGAUUGUUAAUUGGAAUAACUAACGAAUGAAGCAUUUUUAGUCCUAAUCGAAACGAGGUUC